GUUAUGAAUUGGGUUUUAAUGAAAAAUAAAUUAGAACCAGAAGAAGUUAUUCGAUUGAGAUUAGUUGGUAAAAAUGAAGAAGAAAGCACUUUGAUUGGUUUAGCUUGCGGUUUAUGUUUUGAUUUUAAUAAAUUUGAACCUCAUAUCUUUUUAGUUGGUACUGAAGAGGGUAAGAUACAUAAAUGUUCAAGAGCAUAUUCAGGACAAUAUUAAGAAACAUAUAUUGUAUUCAUUUUAUUAUUAUUAUUAAUAGGGUCAUAAUUUAGCAGUUUAUAAAGUCAAAUGGAAUAAUUUUCAUCCUCGAACUUUUAUCUCUGCUUCUGCUGAUUGGACUGUUAAAAUCUGGGAUUCUAAAAUCUCUUCCUAAAUUAUGAGUUUUGAAUAAGGAAUGUAAGUUGUUGAUGCUAUGUGGGCACCAUACAGUUCCACAGGUAUUUUUUUAAAUAAUUUAUUUUAGUUUUUGCCUGUGCCACUCAAGAUAAAAUUUUUGUUUAUGAUUUAAAUGUUGAUAAAAUUGGUAAACUUGCUGAAUAAAAACCCUCUAAAUAACCUAGAUUAACAAAUAUUGCCUUUAAUUAAAGAGAUCCCAUAAUCUUAGUUGGUGAUACUCAUGGUGGAAUUACACUACUUAAAUUAAGUCCUAAUUUAACAAAAUGUAAUAAUUCUGACAUAUCCAUCUAGCUGGAGUAAAACCAUCUAAUUUUCCAGAUGCCAAAGUACCAAAAGAAUUUGAAAAUAUGCCUUUGGAAGAAUAUGAAAAAUAAAAAAUGGAAACGCUAUUACAGGUAGUUUCUAAGUGGGAAAGAGAAGAUUCCUGA